ACUGCGCAUGCGUAAUACCCCCACAUCUAUGACGCGUAUCUUAGCUUCCUUCAAUAGGCCUUGUAAAGUGCUAAAGUCUCUACCAAGGGGUGUGUGCUGUAGCUAACGAUAGCACAUGACUGUUACUAACAACAACAAACAUGCGUCAUGCCUGUGGUAACGUUACAGUGGAGCAACAAAAACCUGCUGAGGGCUGAUAACGGGCAUGAACAUAGCACUCCAAGUCCUGAACUGCUCCAAGUUUGUGUGUCGUUCAGCUAACAUAAACUGCAGGAGAAGGUUUAGUACUUCACAGCAUAUAAUGACAUCACGGCAUACAAACUCCAAAAGAAUCGAGGGACUGGACAAGAAUGUCUGGGUGGCGUUUACUUCGGUGGCAGCGGACCCAUCCAUUGUUAACCUGGGCCAAGGCUUUCCAGACAUCCCUCCACCUUCUUACGUCACAGAGGCACUGGCGGAGGCUGCAUCAGUGGACAAGAUGAACCAGUACACCAGAGGCUUUGGUCAUCCAGCGUUGGUGAAGGCCCUCUCUCAGGUUUAUGGGAAGGUCUGCGGGCGCCAGAUUGACCCCUUCAAAGACAUUCUGGUCACAGUAGGAGGUUAUGGUUCCUUAUUCAGCACCAUGCAAGGACUGGUGGACGAGGGAGAUGAGGUCAUCAUAAUAGAACCUUUCUUCGACUGCUACGUACCGAUGGUGCAGAUGGCAGGGGCCAAGCCUGUGUUGAUACCGUUACGCCUUAAGUCUGGAUCAAAGACAAUCACAAGUGCCGACUGGUUUCUUGACCCAGAUGAGCUUGCCAGUAAAUUCAACUCAAAGACAAAGGCCAUCAUCAUCAACACCCCCAACAAUCCUAUUGGGAAGAUUUUCACCAGAGACGAGCUGCAGAUGAUUGCUGACCUCUGUAUUAAACACGACACUCUGUGCUUCAGUGACGAGGUUUAUGAGUGGCUCAUCUACAAGGGACAACAACAUAUCAAAAUCGCCACUCUGCCUGGAAUGUGGGAUAGAACAAUCACUAUCGGCAGCGCAGGGAAGACAUUUAGUGUUACCGGAUGGAAGCUUGGUUGGUCUGUAGGACCUGAACACCUGAUAAAGCAUCUUCAGACCGUCAUGCAGAAUACUAUGUACACCUGCCCGACACCUUUACAGGAGGCUGUGGCACAAGGUUUGCUGAAGAACUUUGAGAUAAUGGAUCAGCCAGAGUGCUACUUCUCCUCGCUGGCAGAAGAACUUGAGGGCAAGAGGGACCGCCUGGCUGGCAUUCUGCGAGAGGCCGGUAUGACUCCAGUCAUCCCAGAGGGAGGCUACUUCAUGCUCGUGGAUGUCACAUCUCUCAAUCAGGACCUGUCACAUAUGGUCGAGGACGAAGCCUACGACUACAAGUUUGUGAAGUGGAUGAUUAAAGAAAAGAAACUGGCGGCCAUUCCAGUCACAGCGUUUGUUGGAGAGGAGUCCACGAAGCAGUUUGAGAAAUAUAUUCGCCUCUGCUUCAUUAAGCAAGACAGUACUCUCGAUGCAGCAGGGGCCAUCUUGAAAAACUGGAGGAAGAUUUAAUGGGAUGCGAUGUCUGAAGACUUCACGAUUUCAGGGAGGAGGAACAGCCCUGUGGUCAAACUGAAAGAAUGGGAUUUGACCUGUAAUAUUGCACGCCAGAAA